GUGCUUGGUACCCUAGAGCUCCAGUUACCGCAACGAAAUUCCACUUUUGUUUUGAUUGCUCCUCGCUUCCUCCCGCGCGGCGCGCAUCUGAUUGAUCUGCGAGGUCCGACACUCCUGCCAGCGGGAGAGGAAUAAAUAGAUGCUGCUGCCCCCGAAGGCUUAGGCGUUGGGAAAGAGCGGUAGGGGCGGUGGCGACUGGAGCUCAGCGCGGCUCGUGGGACCCCAUUGGGGGAAUUUGAUCCAAGGAAGCCGCGAGAUUGCCGGGGGAGGAGAAGCUCCCAGAUCAUUGUGUCCACAUCCAGGGCACCAGAGGAGACGGCGCAGUGAGCCUCUGGACGGCACUGAAGCUGCACGCUGCCCUAUCCUGCCGGGAUCAUGGCCUGCGGCAGCCUGGCCGGACUGCUGGCCCUGGGCGUGCUCUUCCUGCUCCAGGUGCCCGGAGCCUGGGCUGCAGCCUGCGAGCCGGUGCGCAUCCCCCUGUGCAAGUCUCUGCCCUGGAACAUGACCAAGAUGCCCAACCACCUGCACCACAGCACCCAGGCCAACGCCAUCCUGGCCAUCGAGCAGUUCGAGGGGCUGUUGGGCACCCACUGCAGCCCCGAUCUACUCUUCUUCCUCUGUGCCAUGUACGCGCCCAUCUGCACCAUUGACUUCCAGCACGAACCCAUCAAACCCUGCAAGUCCGUGUGCGAGCGGGCCCGUCAGGGCUGCGAGCCCAUCCUCAUCAAGUACCGCCACUCUUGGCCGGAAAGUCUGGCCUGCGAGGAGCUGCCGGUGUACGACCGCGGCGUGUGCAUCUCCCCCGAGGCCAUCGUCACCGCGGACGGAGCCGAUUUCCCUAUGGAUUCUAGUAACGGAAACUGCAGAGGGGCAAGCAGUGAACGCUGCAAAUGUAAGCCUAUUAGAGCUACACAGAAGACCUAUUUCCGGAAUAAUUACAACUAUGUCAUUCGGGCUAAAGUUAAAGAAAUAAAGACUAAGUGCCAUGAUGUGACUGCGGUAGUGGAGGUGAAGGAGAUACUAAAGUCUUCUUUGGUAAACAUUCCAAGGGAUAACGUCAACCUUUACACCAGCUCUGGCUGCCUGUGUCCUCCACUUAAUGUUAAUGAAGAAUACAUCAUCAUGGGCUAUGAAGAUGAGGAGCGCUCCAGACUACUCUUGGUGGAAGGCUCUAUAGCUGAGAAAUGGAAGGAUCGACUUGGCAAAAAAGUUAAGCGUUGGGACAUGAAACUCCGUCAUCUUGGACUGAGUAAAAGCGAGGCCGGCAUUAGCGAGUCCGCUCAGAGUCAGAAGUCUGGCAGAAACUCCAACCCGCGGCAAGCACACAACUAAAUCCCCCAACACAGAGAACAACAUCAGCGGGCUUCCUGUUAAGACUUGCAUUGCUGGACUAGCAAAGGAAAAUUGCACUAUUGCACGUCAUAUUCUAUUGUUUACUACAAAGAUCAUGUGGUAACUGAUAUUACUUCUGUUUUCUCUAUUGUUUUCUGCUUUUCUCUGAGCUCUCUCUCUUCUUUUAAUGGCCUGUGGGUAGGUCCUUAAAUAUAUGUUUUUUAUUUCACUAACCAUGGGAAAGAUGUUCCUUUGCAGUAAUAAUCCAUGAAGCAUGAUGAG